AUGAAUGAGAAAGAAAACGAAUAUGAUUCGCUGUACGAUGUAAUAUACGAUUAUGAUGUUAACGAAGAAUUCCUCAAUAGGAAGGACAACAACGAUGAGUCUCCAGAACCGCUGCUCUGUGACAUAAAAAGUAAAUUAACUUCCAAGGGAGAAAGAGAAAGCUUGGCGGAUGAGCGUUCAGGAAGUUCCCACCCAAAUUACGCAAAAAAAAAUGAAAGCGAAGAAAACUCUUUACAAUUAUCGUCCAUACGGUUAAACGAUAAAAAUGGCGAUUGUUCAGGGGAAGGUCAAAUGAAGAGUACGUUGACGCCUCAGAACAACGCCCCAGACAGUAUCAAAGAGAGCGAAAUAAGCUCCGGUAACGUGGACCCUUUUAAAAAAAGGGAGGAUCUGCCAUUCUUAAAAAGUAGCACACAACAGAAUGAUAGUGGAAACGCCGAGGAUGGUAAUUCCAAUGCGGAAGCAAGAGAGGAGGUCAAAUUUGUGAACCCCGAAAAGGGGGGAAAUCACUCCCCAGUUGUUGACGCAUUUACAAAUAGCACCCCUAAACAUACAGUGGGAAUAACCAACUGCGAAAACUACAAUAAAGAAGCGCCUCCCCAUAUGAGGAUACUAUCAACCGAUUUCCAGAGUACAUACAGUUGGCAAAACGUAACUGUAGGCAAAAAUAAUAACAACAUAGUGAAUCGUAAAAACGUAUUAGGAGAAAGUACCCCCAAGGAACAGGGUACCAGAGAGGAGUGUCCUCAGAGGGAUGAGUUAAAAGAGGGGGGGGCAUAUCACAAUAACGACGUUAUGAUAAAAGGUAGUGGGGUAAAGGAAAAAUACAAAAAGCUUACCUUCGAGGAUGAUAUAUAUAAAGAGAAUGCAGAUGGAAAAGUUGAGGUACAAAAGGAACAAGGCCCAAAUGAGGAUGAAAAAAAAAAAUUGGAAGAAAAAAGUGACAUUAGUGAAGACAAGAAAAAUGUAGAACACAGUAAUGAUAAUAACAAUUCGGAAGAAAAAAACAAAACGGAAAUAAAUUCCAACAAGAAUACAACAUCAGAAAAUGAUGGUACAAGUACAUUCGAAUGUAACAUUUGUUUUGAUGAUGUGAGAGACCCAGUGGUAACGAAAUGUGGCCAUCUAUUCUGUUGGUUAUGUCUCUCCGCUUGGAUUAAAAAAAAUAAUGACUGUCCUGUGUGCAAAGCUGAAGUUUCAAGGGAAAAUGUAAUACCUCUGUAUGGAAGGGGAAAAAAUAGCACAGAACAUAAAUAUUCGAAUAAGGAAGAACCUAGACCCACUCCGAAAAGAAAAGAAAGUGUUAGGAGAAAUAAUGGUUAUUCUAACAAUGUAGGGUUAAGGGCUUCCUUUGGCGUUUGGGUGAACCCCUUUUCCUUUGGAAUGUCCUACACCAACAUGACGGAAGAGCCGUACUUUUAUGAAAACCGUGGUGGUGACAACAGAACCCAGGCAGAAACGUAUCAAGCGGAAGCUGCAUCCUCCUUUUUCUUUUUCCUGGGUUUUUUUUUGUCCCUCUAUAUUUUGUUCUACUCAUCUUAG